AUGUCUCACAACGUCUUAAUUACUGGAGUGUCGGGCUACCUGGGAGGGACAUUCCUCGCUCGACUAUCAACUCCGCUGUUGCCCGGCCUCAGCGAAAGCUUUGCUCUGGUCAAGACAGAUGCACAGGGUGAAGCCUGUCGACGGUAUGGUGCGGAGCCCCUGCGGUUCGACGCGUACAGCCAAACAGCCAUUCGCACCGCGAUUAUCGAAAACCAGAUCGCAAUCGCCUAUUUCAUGAUCGACUGCGACAAAUUCGAGAACCAGGAGGGUUUCAUUCAGGCACUUUCUGAGUCUCCGCCUCUGCUUUGGUUUCGACACCAAACAUCUCGUUUGCAAGGUGUACACAUACCGUCGAACGUGGGAAGAGCAUUGGGUGGGCGCCUCAAUACCGGCCUCAGCAUAUCUUAA